AUGUCCAUUCUACUCCCGUUUCGAGAUAAACGGCUGCCGCCGGUACCUGCAGCAGCUUCCACAUACCAUCACGACCCCCUUCUCUACAUUGAGCGACAGUCUAAGCACAUCCAACGCUCUCUCCAGACUUUAAUUGAUGCACAAAGCGACGGUCUACUCUCUGGAAUUGCUCAGCCCCAACCAGACGGUACCUCUGAGGGGAGCUUCACCCCGACCUCCUCUACAGCUGGUCGGUCGCGGUCUCCCUCCACAACUCCCGCAAGACAACCCCGACCAAAAAAGAUAGGACUGAGAGCUGCACGAGAUGGGAUCUUUCAGUCGAUAUAUGAUCUACUUAAGCUACGAGAAGAAGAGCGAGAAAUACUCUCGUCUCAGACAGAUGAGAGAGACAAUGCGCUGCAUGAGAUCCAAGGUUUUACCUCGAGGCGAAACGGUCUGGAACAAGCUAUUUCUGUGAUACACAAUGACCGAGAGAAUGGGCGCGCUAAACGGCUUCAAGAGGAGGCCCGUGGCCUCGAGACUGACAUUCAUGAACUGGAAACCAGGCUUUAUGAGAUGAAAGCCAAACACAGACACCUAGUCAGCGAAAUCGCGGACAUCGAGAACUCCGUUGAUGCUAAAUUAUCCUCUUAUACUGAAUCAUUGUCCAUUCUACAGUCAGACAUUCGAAACUACCUCCGCGAUCCCCAGGUUCAGCCCCUCUCGCGGCAACCUAGCGAGUCUACUUUAUACUCAUUGAAUCCCAAACGCCGCACACUUGAGAUGGCCCAGGAGCUUUGGAAAAAAGAACAGGAGGAUCUGCACAAGAGACAACAGGAGGUGGAUGCAGAGAUUCUGGCACUGGAGGAAGGAGGCGGAGUCUGGAAGCAAGUCAUGACGGACGUGUGUAGCUUUGAGAAACGGCUUAGAGUCUACAUGCGACGCUUCAUGCAGUUGGAUGUGCAGGCGAACAAUGGCGCACCGAUAGGGGAUAGCAAAGAAGAUGUGGCAGCCAGCGUCUCGAAUGAUUUAGAGCAAACCACACAGCGGCUGGAAUCUCAUUUGGAGCAUGCCGAAGUGAAGGACUGGAGACUUCUUGUCUGUUGCAUUGCAGCAGAGCUGGAAGCUCUCCGAGAAGCAAGGGCAAUGUUACUUCCCGCCUUUGGCUUGCCUGUGCCCGAGUCACCGGUCGCCUCAUCGCCGUCCUCUCCACAAGCACCCCCAGAGGAAGCCACGAUUGAGCAUGCAGAAGCCCUCGUGGACCCGUUGGAUAAUGAGGACUCUGACCCACCGGCAGACUUGUUGAAGGAUGAGGAUAGCCACCAUACAGACACAGCGUCAAGGUCAGAGGAUGACGAACCCGAUCCAGCAUGGCUUCUUGAAGCCUAA